AUGUCCCAGAAACAAGAGGAGGAGAAGCCUGUGGAGGAGACCGGUAAGGAGAAGCAGGACACACAGGAGAAAGAAGGUACGCUCCCUGAGAGAGCCAAGGAGGCAAAGCUAAAGACCAAAUAUCCAAGCCUAGGACAAAAGCUUGGAGGCUCCAACUUCCUCAUGAAGAGACUCCAGAAAGGGCAAAAGUACUUUGACUCAGGAGACUACGACAUGCCCUAAGCCAAGAUGAAGAAUAAGCAGCUACCAAGUACAGGACCAGACA